UGGUGGCUGACAUUUUGUGACGCUGUCAAGUUUAGCAGAACGAAUCAAACGAAUCGUACAACACAGCUCUAUCGUAUUUAAUUGCUGCAUUACGCAUGAAACGAACAGGCCGUUCGUACUUCCCGUUAAAUCCCAACGUGGAAAAUUGCCCGAUCCAUUGUUAAUUAUCAUUAGCUAUAAUAAUAAAGAAAAAGCAAUAGAGAUAGUAAAAUGAACCGCAUGCGUGAAUCGCAAGAGUGAAAUGAUGAUGCGUUAAAUUAUAUCUAGCGGUUUUGAAAGUGAUUAGAAGAAGAAGUAACUAACAACAAAGGGAACAAAGAGAACAACUCAAAUACGUAAUCGCUGUUGAUAAGGAUUCAAAAUAACUCUAACCAAAGCAGAAUUCCAAAAUGGUUGGAAACGUCACACGAUGUGGUCGGAAGACCGUAUUUUUUGUUGGAUGUGCUUGUGUGGGAGCCUAUGUAGCUUAUAGAUAUUGGAGAAAGAGAGAAUUGAAAUCCAUCGACGAAGGGUUCGAGGAAGUCUCAAAGAUUGAUGAUAGCAAUGAGAGAAGAGUUCUUCUCCUUGGACUUGAUGGCGCUGGAAAAACAUCUGUAAUGAAUCAAGCUAUAGCGUCAACUGUUCCUGGUAGCACUUACUCAGUGCCUCCACCCUCAACUAAUGGCUUUGGAGUAUUUAGAUUAAACAGUGGAUCUUUCAUUCUCAACAUCUGGGAAAUCGGAGGUGCCGAUGUGACCAGAAAGUAUUGGAGCAACUUCCUCCAAGACACGGAUCUUCUAGUAUUUAUGGUGGAUGCAGGAGACACAAAUAAGUUGUCUUUAGCUGUCUAUGAGCUAAAACAGUUACUUGGAGACCCCAGAAUGGAUGCGGUCCCAAUUUUGGUUAUUGCCAACAAGCAGGACUCAUCAAACGCACUCAGGCCUGAUCAAGUCAAGGAAGCUUUGGAUCUACGCAGUAUACCUCCAAAUAAACAUAAAGUUGAAGUAAUUGGAUGCCAGACUAGACCGCUACCAGAUUUACCAGAAGGAAUUACGACUUACACAUGGCAUCAUCCCUCUAUUGAAGUUGUUCGAAAGAAAAUAUGCACAAUGGCCACAUCUACUUAAACUUCAUGAAGCAUGAUUAAUUGGUUUUGAUAUAACAGUAAUGAAAUGAAAGAACAUGGCUAGCGGUUUAAUUCAUGGGAUGCCUGAUGGGAAGAAAUGGUAUAUUGCAGGUGUCAAGUCUGAAUCAACUGUCACACUAAUAUUCUAAUUUUUUAUGAAAUAUUGUAGAGAUAUAUACCUCAAUGUAAACAGAUUUUCAGUCCCAAGGCUCUGCUUUUUUGUAAUUUAUAAAUGAAUCAUUACGUACGAAAUUUAACUUGAUUUUACAAUCACGAUUAAUUCGUCGUGCCAUAAACCAUCGGUGUAUUAUUGUUAUUUGUCAUUGUAAUAAAUAAUAUUCAUUGAAUUUA